UUCAGUACGGCGAACGACGUACCGUUCUCGGCGCUGCAGCGCGUCACGACGCUGGGAGUCGGCGGUUUUGGUCGUGUCGAACUGGUGAAAGCGAAUGGGAAAGUGUUUGCACUGAAGGUGAUAAACAAGAGACACAUUAUCGAUAUGAAGCAGGAGAAGCACGUGGUCUCGGAAAAGGACAUCAUGCUGUCGAGCGAAUGCCCGUUCAUAGUAAAGCUCUACAAGACUUUCAAGGAUCAAGAAAAGCUGUACAUGCUCAUGGAGCCAUGCCUUGGAGGUGAAGUGUGGACUGCUUUGAAAAGGAGGAGUCGAUUUGAUAACGACGCGGCGCGGUUUUACUGUGCAGCGGCGAUCGAGGCGCUCCAGUACCUACACGAUGAAAACAUUGUCUUCCGAGACUUGAAACCGGAAAAAACGAUGAUCUCGGACCGGGAACGGAUAUCCCAAAUUGUCGAUUUUGGAUUCGCGAAACGUUUAGGCGAAAAAGGUCAAACCUGGACGUUUUGUGGCACUGCUGAAUAUGUGCCACCAGAAAUCGUCCUGAACAAGGGCCACGACACUUCUGUGGAUCUUUGGGCGUUGGGCAUCUUCUUGUAUGAACUGCUGUCUGGAAAGCCACCAUUCUCAAAUUCGGAUCCAUUGGUCGUCUAUAACGCGAUACUGAGAGGAUUCAGCAAGUGGGCUUGGCCCAGAUGUUUCUCCAAGGAAGCAAGGGAUUUGAUACUGGCACUGUGUAAAGAGGACCCGGGCUUACGUUUGGGCUAUGGCCAUCUCGACGACGUUCGUGCACACUCGUGGUUUCACGGAUUCGACUUUGUCGAAUUCCGUGCGCGUAGAAUGAAACCACCAAUAGUGCCGGUGGUGAAAUCAGACGUGGAUACGAGUAAUUUUGACACUUUCCCUUCAAACGACUCAUUUGCUACGGGUAACGACGAGUCUGGCUGGGAUUUUGACUUCUGA